AUGAGCAGCGACGAUGAAAGUACGCACGUUGGCGAUCGUCCCGUGCAGAAAUUUUCGCAAGAGGUUCUAAGCGAGGCCAAUGAGCUUCUAGAUGCCCUGGAACACACUCAUCGCAAUGAUUUAGCCCUACAUUUGUAUUCGACCUUUCUGUUGAAAUCCGUUCUCAAAGCUGCAAACAGGAAGAAAUAUGGUUUGGAAACCAACACUUUUAUCAAGACGCAGAUAAAAGACAAUUGGACCAGCUGGCCAAAUCCAUCUACGGUAAUAGAUCCUAAAAUCGACACCAUUUUCGAGGACGUUAAUGGUUCAAGACCAACCAACCCAGACGCCACGAUUCCAGGCAAUAUAUCACCAGACGAGCUUCAGCAUGGUGCUAAGAUGGUUCAUGGUGAAUUAAAUGCAGUUUGGCAGCAGUCACUGACAAAAAUGGCAUCUGAAAAUGGCGUCGUUCUCGAUAUUGACAAAAUGGAAAUUCCCCAGGGCAUUACAAUGGCAGUGCUGUCAAAAAUGGAUCAUUUCUUCAAGGGUAUUCACACAAAUAUUGCAUCCAUGAACAAGCUGGUGGUCACUCAGACUAGCGGAACGAGUCAGUUGAAAGUAACUGAGCACCAACCUAAUGAGAAGCCUUUAGACAUGAACAGAAAAAUCAAACUCGAUUACCACGAUGUUAUAAUGCGUGGCUGUCAAAUGGGUGAAGAAAUGUACGAUGUCUACAUGAAGGGAUUGGAGCUUUUCAGUGAUAUCCCAUCAAAAUACAGAAAUCAAGAAUUCAAGCUACCUCAAGAGGAGAUUACAAAAUAUACAUCGAAGAAGCGAGAAACAAAUCAAGAAAAGCCUAAGACUGCCAAUAAAAAAGCUGGCUACAUUAUGGCAGAGACUCUAUUGCAUCGAAACACGCUUUCUUUUGAAAACAGACUCAAAUUAAGAUCGAUUUUAAACAAGCAUCAAGACCGCUCGCUAGACGAAAAAACGUAUUUACAUCUGGAAAAUUUUGUGAACGCGCGUCUCAUUGAUAGAGAUCAAGACAUUAAUCUAAGUUUAAAUGACUGUUUGGUACCUAUCCGCCGCACAAAAUCACGUUACGCUCGGAAAAAGCUCCGCUAG